AUGAGCUCGCUAAACAGCUUGUCGAAAUGGGAUGAGGCGCAUCCGCGCGCUCAUGUCUUCCAGACUCUUGUCCCACCGAUGAGCUCAAUAAACAGUUCGUCGAAACGAUACAAAUCGCCACUACGCGCUCGUGUCGUUUCAUCGAUGAGCUCGCCAAUGAGCAGCUUGAACAUUCCAAAUUCAAGAAAAGCAGAGAUAGAAUCUCAGCACACAGAGCGACUUCCAUCUCCACCUCCAUUGCUGCCAGGUGUCGAGCCAACUAUAUUUAGAUGGCCCGAAACCAUGGCUCACAACUUGAGCUCGCAAACCCCUGCAACAGCUCAAACUCAACUUAACAGAAACUAUCAACAGUUUCCCGCAACAAAUGAUCUAGUCGAUCGAGCUCAAAUUCAUAGAGCAAACAAUCCAGCCGAUCCAGCUCAAUUGACAAAAGCAAACUGCUCGUUAAAUCGAGCUCUAUCACGUCCGAUUUCAACUAAUCGGAUUCUUGUCGAUCCGCGUAACCUCGUUGACUAUGAAUUUUUCGAAAGAUUACAUGACCAAACAAACUUCGCAUUCCGGCAAGCGAACUCAUCGUUUAACCAAGCAAUGAGUUCGAUUCCGGAUAUCGACAAAGUAAUUAGGGAGACGCAACAAACUCCCUUCUCAUUUAAGAUCGCUAACACCUGUCAUUUGAACGCAAUGUACCUGAAAUGGUACAUCGUUAAAACGAUAUCAUCCGAAGUAUCUCUACCCCCACAAACUACGUCCAGGCUUGAUCUUCCUUCCCUGGAGAGUCAACAGCAUCCAAGCAUCUGGCACCUAUGUUACAGUCGAGUGCGAGCCGAACUCCUCAAGGCAGCCUGUAGUCUAACACGACAUCAAGCUACUGUAACGGCAUGUCCGAUCGCACUCGACCCGAACGUGAGCCGAGAGACUCAGGCGGUUUGCAUUAUGAUACGUAAUCAAGCCGCUUCGACGGUCCCAUCCAGACACGCUCGGAACACUAUCUGUUGCGAUAAAAUCAACGUCACUCUGCAUGGUAAACCAUCUCUCCCACAAAGCCGAAUUAGGAACACCUCGUAUCAACAACCGGGAAAACAAUAA